CCUGCAAAAAUACAAGGGCAAAGUUUUUUUUCCAAAAUCAAACUGUGACAAUCAAAACCUUUAAUAUGCACUUUGAAGUAAAGUAUGUUCAAUUUAAAGUACUUUUUGAGUCAGCAAUGUCCAAAGGAGUUAUUAAAAUAAUAUGAUCACAGAGUUGUUAAUUUGGUAUUUAAUUUUCUUGGUUCAUAGUCAAGCAACACCAUUAGAUUCAAACUUCAGGCUGGCACAGGAAACAGAUAAGCCACUGUAGUCAUGCGCAGAUUUCAACAGUUUCAUGAUGGAAACAGUGAUGAACUUGUGAAAACGAAAGAUACGGACACGUUACCCUUCAAAGUGGAUUGGAGUGGAGUGAAAGUUACCUAUUAAUUGUAUUAUUGAGAGAAGAGUAGUACACCCAAAACGUCUCGCUUAAACCAAUAAUGACAGACAAGGUCCCUGUACCUAUUGCAAGUUCAGCAGCCAGCGUUUCGCAGUGUUCGACCUGCUGCUCGAGCACUACCCCUUCUCGACCUGUGGCUGCUUUCGUUGUGCCAACGUCUGUCCCUAACCCUCCCUCUGUGUCGAAGGGUUCAACUAUCCAAAGCCCACUGAACAUCCAAUGCAGUAUUGUUAAAAGUAAUGACGAGGAAACCAGCUGUUCUGAUUGUGUUUUGGAAAAUGGGUCUUCAGCCGCUCCACAUCAUCCAGGCCUUGAUCCUGUUUUAGUUCGAAGUGAACAAGAUUCUGGGGAUGGGACCACAGAUUCAGAGGGAGGUUUGGGUCCCACAGAUGGCAGUACAAACUCUAACUCUUGCUGUGAGAUCAGUGACAAAGCCAAGUGUUCUGAAAGGCUAAAUGGGCUUACACAUGCCACCCAUAUAAUAGGAGAUAAUGGGAUAUCAAAACAUCUGUUGAAUGAAUGUAGCAGCAGUGAUAAUGUUGACAACACACAAGAAGGAAGGUCCCAUUCUUGUUCUCAGAGUCAGAAUUAUGAGUCUAUAAAUGUGCUUGACCGUGAAAGUAAAGAUGUAGAAGUUUCCUGUGAUAAAGGAGUCAAAGCAACUGUAGGACUGUCAACUGAAGAAACAAGUGCCUGUGUGAACAGAGAUGAAGUUGAUGAUCUAUUGGGGCAGCUUGAAAAAACUUCCUUAGAUGGAGAUCAACAUACUGUUUCAUCAAACAGCAUUAUAAACGGUAUCACAUACAUUGUUUAUGGAUCGGAAAGACAAAUGCCAGACAUAAUGAGACUUAUUACAAAAGAUUUGUCGGAGCCAUAUUCAAUAUAUACCUACAGAUAUUUUAUUCACAACUGGCCGAAAUUAUGCUUCUUGGCUGUAGCAGAUAACAAAUGUGUUGGGGCUAUUGUGUGUAAAUUGGACUUGCAUAAAAAGAUGGUAAGGAGAGGUUACAUUGCCAUGCUGGCUGUUGAUUCAGAAUACAGACGGAGGCAGAUAGGUUCUACAUUGGUCACUAAGGCUAUCCAAGCAAUGAUAAGAGAUGACUGUGAUGAGGUUGUUUUAGAAACGGAAAUCACAAACCAAGGUGCUCUCCACUUGUACGAAAACCUUGGGUUUGUGCGGGACAAGAGAUUGUUUCGUUAUUAUUUAAAUGGUGUGGAUGCCCUGAGAUUGAAAUUGUGGUUGCGGUAACAGUAAUGAAUCAAGGUGAGGAUGAAUGAGUCAUUAUGCAACUGUGGCUGAAAUGUGUAGUAUUAAUGGAUACUUUGAAAAUUUCACUCUAAUGGUAUAUUUCCAUGGUUUUUCUUUUCUUUUCUUUUUUUUUUUUCCUUGUUUGUUUUGUCUUUAUUUUUAAAAUCAUCCCUGCCUGAUGCCCACAAGUUCCUCUAGUAAUAGCCAGUGUUCUGUGGUUAAUGAAAUGCAGUGGUGCUGAGAAAUGAAAAUUUGCUCAUGGUAAGCAAAUGUUGAGAUAUAGAGAGUCACAGGAAACGACAAAGGAUGUAUCCUGUCAGCAUUUGGUCCGACCUUGCACCAACGCCAAUAAAUCAUGACUGAUGACAGAUCUGACUAUGUUCAGCAAUUGAUGGAAUAUGCGCAUAUGUAAUGUAGUGUAGUAUAGAGUUGUGCUGAUCAGCUAGUUAGGAAGUAACAAAGCUAGGGGUUAGAGUUAGAGGGUGACAGUUUUGUGUGUGUGAUUUGGGUUGCGGGGAGAAGAAGAAUUUUAAGCAUCACUAAUAUCUUGAAGCUGGGGGUACAAGUAAUACUUGGGGCUACGUGGUCUUAAGUGAGCGUGGGAUGGUGGGGGGGUUAAUUUAUCACGUGGGUGGGAAUCGAUAGGGAUAGACCAAUGGGAUGGCAUGAUUGUUUGUUUACGUCAGUGAAAGGAAAGCCACAGACAGGCAGCUGGCCAAAGGAAAAUGUGACAGUAUGAACUGAGGGGAGGAUAGCAAAGUAUGAACGUAAUGAGCAGAGGUGUUCAACUUCAUUCUGAAGAGAUGCUGCCAAAAUGAGCUUCACUGUUCUUCACAAUUAGGAAAUGCGUUUCCGUGGAUUACAUCGACUUAGUAGGCGCUUUUCUUUUGAUUGGGUCUUUACAUGUCAUGUAUUGAGUGAGUUUUGAUGUUCAGUGAUAAUUUUUUUCACUUAGAAAUUUGAAAAUGGUCAAAUGGGUGCAAAAUUGUUGGGGUCAGUAAAAUUUCAAGGAAGCCAAGGUCAUGAUGUGAGAGGGAGCUGCGCACAAGUUUACUUUCUUUUUAAAAAGAAACUUGUCAUUUGUUGUAAAGUUGAAAUGCAGAGAGGGACUAAGCUCAAUAAGUUUCAUAUUACUGAAAUGUUGCACUGUUCACAUGAGCAUUGUUUAAUUAAUAUUGCCUUCAUGAGCGGAUGAAGGGGGACGUUUCAUAGCUUCAGCUGGUGACUAUGCAUGUAACUAGAUUGAUUUGUUUGCUUAUAAUGAAAUCUCUUCUCUUACACUUUGCAUAUUGUACUGUAGGAAUCAACAACCUGUUGCUCCUGUAGGUUUUAAAGUGAUUAGUUGUCCAUGAAGAUGAGAUGGUUUGUUACGUUGAAGCUUAGGAAAAAUGUUUUUAAAUUCACCUUCUCUUUUUGAGAAAAUUCCAUGAAACCAACCCUAAACUAAACAUUUUGUGACUCAAGUUUUGAAGAGCAUUUAAUGAUUUAUGUCUGCCUGUAUAAGUUGAGAUGUUUGAUGUAGCUUCAGUUGCGUAAAAGUCCAGACCAGGCAUUUACUAGCCCUGUUGCCAGGGUGGCAAACUGAGAAAAAGUCUCAAUUAGGGGGAAAAAAUACCUUCUUUUUUUUUUACAUGACUUGAGGGCAUAAGUGUUUUAAAGAUUUGCUGAUGUCAUGUUCAGCCUAGUUGUUGGAUUUUUUUAAAUGCAAGGAUUUUUUAACUCUAUUUAUUGGGGUAUUAUUUUUUAGGUUUUUAUCAGUUUAGUGAUGGUUAUAAUGUUUUCUCAAAAUAAAAUUCAACGACAACUGUCAUACGCUUACAAAAAUAUAUGUAUGUAUCGCAGGAUAAUAAGAUUUGGGUGCCAUCACAUACAAAGUUAUUGAUUUGCUUUACAGGCAGUGUUGAACAAUUAAUGCUAAAAAAAUAAACUUGAAUGUUUAUGGCUUCAA